GUCUGUCGUCUAGUCGAUUUAGUUAGUAGUCGCGAAGGUGUCCGAGUAGACGAGUCAGUAACAUCAUCGAAUCGAAGCCAAGACGUUUCGUUCUGCGUUGUGCGAAGUAGUGAACCCGUCCUCAUGCGUCUCGCGCUAGUUCUGGCCUACUGAGCUGAGCUAAGGUCUCUCAAUACCUGUACACCGUCGCCGUCGUCGUCGUCGUCGUCUUCGUCGGUAUCUAGAUCAUAGUUUUUUGGAAUCCAUUCUGCGUAUUUGGAAUCGUUUUUCGGGGAUUUCCAGUGCCGUGUGGUGAACCAAUAGUGGUCCGAAUCGGAAAAGUGUCCGUAAAAUAAGGAAUAACCAAAGCAAAAGUAGUGACGACCCUGUGGAUAAGCGAAGAGGAAGGUGGAGAAAAAGUUGUAUGUCAGUUUUUCCGUCUGUCCGUGUGUGAUUGAAAAUGAUGGCGAAUGUCCAUGGUGUUGUGUUCAAAAGUGCACUUUUUCUGAUGAUUUUGCUGGCCGAUUGUCGUGUGAACUAUGCGGAAGAUUCUGUAACAGCUGUCCGCGUGAGGCGACAAUCCGAUCCAUCGAAGAAGUCUUUAGCCGAGUCACCACCGGUGGAUCCGGCGCAACCAGUUGACCAGAAAGUUCAGAUCAACGAAAACAAAACCAGUGCAGCGAAGCAGAAACUGCUGAAUGAAAAUCUGACCGGCAAAAAGGUGGCCACCAGCCUGAACGGGACCAUCUACACAGACCAUGUGUUCGGAGCCAACGGAACUGGUCAACGGAAGGAUUACUCCAUUGUAUCGAUAAAACCCGGUGUGGAGCCGACUACCGUUCCGAGCGUGUCCGCUCCCAGCAGUAGCAACGCUUCGAUCGAAUCGGUUGCAAGUGAUGUCAAGAGCAGACUGAUAUCGAAAAUUCUUGCAACCGCUAAUGCCGGCAAUAAUAGCAGUCCGAACAAUGCCACUUCAACGACCACGGCAGAUCCGCUCAGUGAUGCCAUCAAUAUCGAUACGGUAGAACGGAGUGAGGCUGACUUGAACACUACCCUGCAGAAUCACAAUAUAACCAAAACGCAGGAGGAUUACCAUACGUACUACAACAGCAUGUGGUCAACCGAGAAGAAUGCCAGCGAUGCCUACUGGAAGCGGUUGGACAAUAUGAAUGUGAGCAGCCUGCUGUCGAAUUCACACCGAAGGGCAACGACUGUCCUGCUGUCGUUCGAUUUCCCGUACUAUGGCUAUCCCAUCCGGAACAUCACCAUCGCAACCGGCGGCUUCCUGUACACGGGCGAUUACGUGCACUCGUGGCUUGCUUCGACGCAGUACAUCGCACCGCUGAUGGCCAACUUCGAUACUAGUCUAUCAACCAAUUCGUUUGUCAAAUUCCGUGAUGAUGGCGAAACCUUCACGGUGGUGUGGGAGAACGUCUCGCUGCAGGAUCGGCCCGAGAACGGUUCCUUCACGUUCAGUGCCACGCUGAACAAAUCCGGUGACAUUGUGUUCGCUUAUCAGACGAUUCCCAUUGACAUCCAGCAAAUUUACGAUGACAAACAUCCGGUCAAAGUGGGACUGUCGGACGCUUACAUCAUCGAUAAGACCAUUUUCCGUACCAAGCAGAAAACGAUCUACGAGUAUCACAGAGUCAACUUUGGGCGUUCGAAUGUGCUGAACAAUACACUGAUUACGCUGUACGCUCAGCCCACCUGUUACAGCUUCAAGGACUGCCAGUCCUGUAUGAACCACGAAGGUGCUGAGUUCAAGUGUAUCUGGUGUCCCUCUUUGAACCGAUGUUCCACGGGAGUUGAUCGCAAACGGCAGGACUGGAUUCAGAAAGGUUGCGACAAGACGCAAAUCAUGGAGAUUUCCGUCUGUCCGGCGCUUGGUCAGAAGGGCAAUAACUACGGUGAACCGAUAGAGAUCAGUACCGAAGGUAACGAUACCAACGGUACCUAUCGGCACGAAACCGAAAUCCAGCCAUCAACCAAGAAUAACAGCAGCAAGAGCAAAUCGGAAACCCAUCCGUCCAGUGCGGAGGACGGAGUGAACAAGGUUCCGGCAUUCCAUGCUGCCAUGGAGCAGGAAACUUCGAGCAGUAGUCUGCUGGUGUCGAUGAUGGUCACCUGCGGCAUCCUGCUCGGAUGCUGCGGAUGCUGGGUAUUGUACGCAUACCGGAAUCCACACACCAAGAGCGGUCAGCUGUUGAUCAGAUACCGACCAAACAAGUGGUCCUGGCGACGAGGAGAGGCCCGCUACACGGCCGCCACGAUCCACAUGUGAGGACGGCAUCAUCAGACUAACCAUCAUCAGCAGCAGCAGCCGCUACACCACCCGCAGCAUCCCGAGUACCAUCGGCCGCUCGGCAUGCUGGGCAAUCUGGUUGGCAACGAUGAGGAACGCCUGCUGAGCUAUCUGUACCAACUGGACGAAACCGGGGGAACCUGUGGCGGCGAUGCUGGACUGGAGGUAGCCGACUAUACUUUUACAACGGAACUUGGUGACUGAAUGUCUGAGUGUGCGAGUGAGCGAGGAAUUGAAUGAGAUCCAUUUCUUUGUUAUGUUUCUAUUUUAUGAAAAAUCUACACAGAAAACAAUACUUAACCCUUCUAAAGAUGAUAGGAGCAAGUCCAGGGGUGAACCCCAUUUUAUAUUCCUGGUAAAAAUGGCAAUUAUUAUUGGUUAUUCUUUUAUUUUGUUUUUUUUUUUAAAUAUCUAUCUUUCAAUCAGUUGUAGUGAUAUUUACACUUAUAUUUAGCUAAAAAGAUAAUCUGUCCAGUUUUAAUGGUAAGUUAUAAUUGAAAAACAAAUUGUCCUUCUUAUAACUUCGUGUUUUCUUUUUAAUUUUCCCUCAAAAACUGUCACCACCUCUGCUUGCGAAUGAAAAAAAAAACAAUCGUAGGGAGAAAGCACUAGUAAUGUGAUCCCCCUCUUCUAAACUUGAUCCACCUAAAACAACAACGAUUUUUAAAUAAAGAUUGGCCAAUAAAUCAGAAAAAAAAGUUCAUUUUUAAGUGGUGAAGAUUAAGCCAGGAAGCACGCCAAUUACGAAUACUUUUCCAUAACGUAGAAACGAUAUAUUUCACUUUGUUUUGAAGAGAAAGAAGCGAAAAAAAACCGAGCAACAUGAAAGAUGUGAUACCAAUUAAUUCUCUUUUAAAGACAUUUAAAAAUGUAAGAUUCAAAUUUGGCAGCCUAAAUUUUUCAUCAAAACCAACCACCUUCACCUUCACCUUUGGAAACAGUGGGAAAAUGUAUCGAAUUUGUAAGGGUCAUGACUUCGUUUCUGGGAAAUAUUCCCACAGUGUAUACUGACCAUACAACGCAUUAAAAACCUGUAAAUUUUGUGAACAGCAUAAUCAACUAUUUUCAAAACAGAGAGAGAACUAAAACAAACCUAUAGGUUCUAGACGAUAAGACUACAUGUGCAAAAUGAUGAUAAACCUAACGCUAGUAAAUAUUAAUUAUUAUAUAAAUCAAGUAGACAGACACUUGUACAACGUUUGAGAAACAAAAUUCGAAUCACGCAAGCUGCAAUUUUGAUCGCUUAGCCUAAGAAACACAGUAGGGGGCAGUAUGGGCACACUUAACUAUUUAAAAACAAAAAAAAUAAAAUAAACCGCAUCUGCUUUAGCCUAAUUGUCUCGCACCGAAACCGAAAAAAAAAAAUAGUAGAAGAUAAAGUCCGUCUCACGGACUGCCUAACUGCUUGCUGACCGCAAUAGUGACUCAUCUUCUAAAUCUGUACGCAAUCAAGUCGCUUAGGACGGAGACAAAGUUUAAACUUUGCUACCGCUGUGUAUGUGUAUGUGUGUAAUAGAUCUGAAUGAUACUCAAUGCAAAAACAACGGAGAAGACUACCUUAUAUGUGCGUGAGUAAAAAGUGAGCAUGACGAAAUGUCCGUCCCAAAAAUUUACGGGCCAAGCAAUAGCUUAGA